GAACGCAGCUCCAACUCGAGACCGAAUAAACGACCAAAUAUGAACUUUAUAGAAGUGUUAAAACUCGCCAAACAAAAUACAUCCACCGGAGAUCAACAUGGCGAUAGUCGCUACUACACGACCAAGUUCUCACCGCCGAAAAAGGAGAGUAAAGAGAAGAAGUUGUCGGAUAAUAUAAAGAAGUUUCUGGCAAAAAAAGACGAAGAGGAGCGAGCCAAGACGUUAGAGCAGCGGCGCAAAGCACAAGAGCUGAUGGCGCGGAGGGAUGGGAAAGCGAAGAGGAAGAUCGAGAAGAUGCUGAAGGUAAUCAAGUCGGCCAAUAAGUCGGUUUUGGAUGAUGCUGGUCAGGAGUUAGACAGUGGGGAACUGGAUCAGCCGGAUGAGGACGACUACGGCUAUACUUCGAACGUGGCCUCACAAUUUUACAAGCAGCUGAUGGACAAGUACAAAAACAACCCGGAAAAAGAGAAGUUCAAGGAAGCGGAAAAGCGAACGAUGAACAAGGAAGAUCUGGCACAGACGAAGGCUCGCGUCAAAGAUGCUAUUACACGUCAGGUCGAGGAAGACCAGAUGCCGCGCAGUCGAAAAGCGCGAACGGUCAGUGAUGGCGGGCGAUGUGUCAGUAAUCAACGCGAACCUGUGAUCCGAUGUAACCGUGGACCAGACCGUAACGAUCCAGUAGAAGAACAACGUCGCGCAGACGUGGAUAUCAAACGGUCGAAAUUGGCAAUUGACAAGAAGAGCAGCAGUGUCGGGCGUAAGCCGAGCGGUCCUCCUCCGCCCGACUUUUUAACGUUGAUAAAAUUAGCCGAGCAGAAGCAGCACGAACCCGUCAAGGUGGAAGUCGUAGCCGAGAAGAAGAGCCAAGAACCGGAGCGACUGAUGACGAAGAAGGAAAAACAGGAGUAUGAGGAGCGGGCGGCUUUUCAAGAAAUGAGACGAUUGCGCGACCGGAUCAAGGAUGAUCCAAAGCUCUCGGAUAAAGAAAAGGAGCAAAAGCUGAAGAAAUUGGAAGCACUCCGCGCGGCAGGCAAGUUGCCUGGUAUCCCACCGACAGUCGGGGUGGUCAAAUCAUCUUUCGCCGGACAUGCCGCCUUGAAUGGGGGUUCAUCGGUUAAAUCUAUCCAGCAAACAGGUAACUCCGGUGUUCGGUCUUCAAAUGGUGCAUCAGGGCCGGGCGGAAAGUUUGGCGCAUCACUAAAUUCUAAACCGAUACCCAAGAUGUCCGAACGCCGAACGGAACCGCAAUCGAAAGAGUCUAGUGUUCAGCACCAACAAGCUUCGUCAGCUGGACCCAAAGUGAAACCUUCAAAUGUUCCAAGAACAGCGGUUUCUAUCCCGAAAAUAGUUUCGGUAACAGGUGGCAAAUCACUCAAUAUGGCGACGGCAACUCCCAAAACGACCUCCACAGAUGUUCAACUUGUUCGAUGCAACAAAACACAAACCGUCACCUCGACGAUAACCUCAAAGGUGUCAGGCAUUGUGAAGAGUAAAUCGUACAACUCGUCGGCUACGCCGGCUUCAUCGGCUACAUCGGCUACGUCGGCAACAGUUAGUGCCCCGCGGCAAAUGUCGUCCAAGGGCACAACGAAUGGUAGCGUGCGAAAUGGCCAGCCAGCAAUGACUACCAAACCUGUAGCUGGAGUGUCGACUAAGCGCCCUUUACAACCAGAGCUUGCCAAGACGCGCCAAUUUCCACCGUCAGAUGUUCAACGCUCAGUGAAGCGACCCAGUGCUAAUAGUGCGGACCGAGGUCAGCCCUCGCGCCAUGGAGGGGGGACUAGUGGGGUCAAGAAACGUCGGGUCAUCGACAGUGACACCGACUACGAUAGCGAGAUGGAUGACUUCAUCGAUGACGGCGACUGCGAGGAGGAUUAUUCGUCAGCAAUCAAAGAAAUAUUCGGCUACGACAAGUCGCGUUACCGGAACGACGAUUAUGAAGCGGAUGACCACAACAUGGAAUCGACAUACGCACAGCAGAUGCGAGAGGAGUUCAUCAGCAAGAAAAUCGGUAUUAUGGAAGAUCUCGAGGAUAUGCGAAUGGAAGAAGAGGAGAAACGGCGUAAGAUGGUGAAGAAAAAGGCUUCGAUUAAGAAGAGAUGAGCUGUACGCGCCAGACAAUUUUACUCGCGGCAACAUACGGAAACGGGAUUAGUUUUUGCCAAGUGAAAAGUUUUCUAUCAAUGUCAUACCAAUUAUCCUUAUUUAGACUAUUCCAUUUCACUUUAAAUGUGUUUGAGAUUUCACUUGUAAUUCGUGAGAGGGUCAUUUGCACUAUUGGCACCUGUUCGCUUUUUUUUUCAAAUAUUCUUUGAAAUCCUGUAUUUACUUGUUCAAUGUAAGAAGAGUAAAGCAUCGUUCAAGUUGUAAUGAAUACAGAACGUAUGAACUAAUGGAAGUAUAACGAAUACCGGAGAAACGGCAUUUUCGAAUCUGACAAUGGUAUCCAGCACUCUAGGGUGUCGUAAAACUAUAUACUUAAAAGGGAAGGACAUCACAAAAACACAAUUAUUUUCGGUCUUAACUCUUUGUUCGCCUUACUUCUUCUAUAACAUAGACGCAUAGAAAACGCAAUUCUUA